UUUUGGACUUCAGAAUUUGUCCAUCCUCUCGGGUACAAUCUGUCAAGUCUCAAGAGAAGCUUUCACCUGCCACCCUGCUGCUGCUGGAGCCAACGUGAGCCACAGUUGAUGUGGAUUCCCUCGUUCCUCCCCAUCCCUGCUGUUGCUGGUGACUGGGCUGAUUGCAUGCCCUGCCAUCCUUUGUGGGACAUGCUGCUGUGGACAGCUCUGCUAUUUCUGGCUCCAGUUGCUGGGACACCUGCAGGUCUCCCGAAGGCUGUGCUGGACCUCGAGCCCCCAUGGGUCAAUGUGCUCCAGGAGGAUCGCGUGACCCUGAAGUGCCAGGGGGCCCACACCGCUGCAGAUCACCUCACCCAGUGGUUCCAUAAUGGGAGCUUCAUCCCAACCCUGGUCAACUCCAACUACAGCUUUAAGGCCAGAAAACAGGACAGUGGGGAGUACAGGUGCCAGACCAACCAGACCAGCCUCAGUGACCCUGUGCAUCUGGACGUGACUUCUGACUGGCUGCUGCUCCAGACCCGACGCCUGGUGUUCCAGAUAGGGGACCCCAUCGUGCUGAGGUGUCAUAGCUGGCAGAACCGGCACCUGUACAAGAUCACCUUCUUCCAGGAUAGAAAAUCCAAGCAGUUCUCCUCUCUGAAUUCCACGUUCUUCAUCCCAGAAGCCAACCUCAGUCACAGCGGUGACUACCACUGCACGGGAAUGAUAGGCCAGAUGCUGCGCUUCUCCCAGUCCGUGGCCAUCACCGUCCGAGAGUCCGGCCGGAGCGACUCCUCCGUGAUGAUGACGGUCGUGGCUGCAGUCGCUGGCUCUGUUGCAGUGGCCAUCCUCGUGGCUGCUGUGGCCUGGUUCCGCCUCAGGCAAAAGCAAACUUCAGCCAAUGUCACUGAUACUGAAGAGGCUGCCAAAAUUGAGGCUGAGAAUACCAUCACCUACUCACUUCUCUUGCACCCGGAGGAAGAGGCAGAGGCAGAUUACCAGAACCAAAUUUAGCCUCCAUUAUCUUGCCUGCGGCCCCAGGGAAAGAGAAUCAGAGACACCAGUUUGCCUGGCCCAGUUCCCCUGAGGGAGGACAAGAGGAUGCCAUGGUUCCAAAGGAAGAGAAGGACCCUUCCAGGGACAUCUGUGUGAAUCCUGAAGCUUGAAGUCCUAAAAGUCGCAGACAGUGUGGUCCCAGAUGACUGACUGUCCUGGUUCCUUUUGAGUCUCAGCACUUCUUGCCAUCAAGACUCUCUUUCUGUACAGACCAUGUAUUACUUUUAUAAUAAAAUAUAGAAAACAA